CAUCAAAUUCUCUCUGUUUUGGGCAUUGGAGGCGAAACGCCCAAAUUUUAAGUCCAGGAGAAGGAAGACAUAGGCAUAGGGCAAAACCCUUUUGCUGUGAUGGAGGGCCGUUUCAAACAAUUUUGUCGGCGAUAGACGUUAUUAAUCAUAUUCACAAACAGGGUAAUUGUCAAUUAGUGGCAAUUAAUGUUGUUGCUAAUCAAAAUUUCCCCUUUCUUUUGUUUUUGAUUUUAUUCUCCCAAGCAAGAACAAGGCAGAUUUUCUUCACCCGUUUCCUUCUUUUCCUUCUUUUUAGUUUUGGGGUGGAUUUGGUUGUUUCUCUCUCUCUCUCUCUCUCUCGGCUGUCGUUUUUACAGCGUAUAUUGCCCUCGUUUCCUUCCUUUCCCUACAAUUUCCUUAUCUCCCCUUUGCCUCGCCGUGUUUGCUGCUGGUUUGCCCCUUCUUCAUCUCGAUUUCUCUUCAUUUUGGUCAUUGUCGUUCCUGGCUUUGACCAAUGAGGAUGCUAAUGGUCCAGAAACCCUUUUUGACUUUUCCUGAUUUGUAUCCCUUUCCUUGAUGAUGUUGAUUUUCUCGCAGGUGGCAUUGCUGCUGUUGCUACAAUUGAGCAAUGCUGCGAAGAUUAUUGGUGAUGAGCUCUCCGGACAGUGCAAUUCUAAGCCCAUAUUAGAUCCAAGGCCACACAGUGUGUCUAUCUUGGAGUUUGGGGCUGUUGGUGAUGGCAAAACUCUCAACACCAUUGCCUUCCAAAACGCCAUUUUCUAUCUCAAAUCCUUCGCUGAUAAGGGUGGAGCUCAGCUUUAUGUUCCACCGGGAAAAUGGCUCACUGGAAGCAUUAAUCUCACUAGCCACCUUACCCUUUUUCUGGAAAAAGGUGCUACCAUUCUUGCCUCUCAGGACCCGUCCCAUUGGGAACUUGUCAAUCCGUUACCUUCGUAUGGUAGAGGUGUUGAAGUUCCAGGGAAACGAUACCGGAGCUUGAUAAAUGGUUACAAUUUACACGAUGUUGUAAUAACAGGUGAUGAUGGUGUCAUUGAUGGUCAGGGUUUGGUUUGGUGGGAUUGGUUCACUUCUCAUUCCUUAAACUAUAGCCGUCCUCACCUCGUGGAAUUUGAGGAUUCGGAAUAUGUAGUCGUUUCGAACCUUAGUUUCUUGAAUACUCCUGCUUAUAAUAUCCAUCCAGUUUACUGCAGUAAUGUCUAUGUUUUCAACAUCUCUGUCUCUGCACCUUCUGAAUCUCCCUACACUGUUGGAAUAGUCCCAGAUUCUUCUGAUCAUGUAUGCAUAGAGGGCUGCAACAUUGCCACGGGAUAUGACGCCAUCGUCUUGAAGAGCGGCUGGGAUCAGUAUGGUAUAGCCUAUGGUAGACCAUCUAAAAACAUACACAUCAGAAACGUCCACCUUCAGUCGUCUUCAGGUUCGUCCAUUGCCUUUGGUAGCGAGAUGUCUGGUGGGAUAUCUAAUGUUCUUGUCGAGCACGUGCACUUGUACAACUCGUCUACUGGCAUUGAAUUCAGAACUACCAAGGGAAGAGGAGGUUACAUUAAAGGAAUAGUUAUAUCAGACGUUGAAAUGGAAAACAUAUCCACGGGAUUCAGUGCCUCGGGUCAUUUCGGGUCACAUCCAGACGACGAGUUCGAUCCUAACGCACUUCCAAUCGUGCAGGACAUAACGUUGCAGAAUGUUCGAGGCACAAACAUUAAAAUUGCUGGAAACUUCACUGGGCUACAGGAAUCUCCCUUCACUUCAAUCUAUUUAUCCAACAUUACCUUUUCAAUGAAUUCAUCUUCUUCCACUUCUUGGAUCUGUUCAGAUGUUUCUGGGUACUCGGAAUCCGUUAUCCCGGCGCCCUGUUCUGACCUCGAUACUCGAUAUUCAAUUUCUUCAUUAGCAGCGAAUUCAGCUGGAAAAGCUGCUGUUUUAUGAAGCCUUUGCCAUCCAAGGCGUAUGGGGAGGGUUUGUGGGUUGUCAAUGGUCGGAUGUACUCUGUUACGUAGGGUGAUGGUUGGUAUGUGUUGUAGCUGUGUAUCACUGUCAUUGGAUGCGUCGAUGUCGACCCGUGAAUUGUUCUUGGGAUAUUGUGGUGGUAGUUGUGGCUUGAGGUGCGUCCAUGGCCUUGUUCGGAUUGGUGGUGUUGGAUUACAUGGCCAUGGGUGUGUUCAGUUGGGUGGUGGUGGAUUACGUGGCCGUGGCUAUGCUCGGGUGGCUGUUGGUUGAUAACGUGGCCGUGAUCAGGUGGUUGAUGAUGGCUUACUACAUGGCUAUGCUCAGGUUGAUGUUGGUGAACCACGUACCCGUUCAUGGGUGACUGUUGAUGGCCUACAUGACCAUGUUCUGGUAGUUGAUGAACCACGUGGCUAUUCUCAGGUUGAUGCGAGACAACCUGGCCAGGCUCUGGUCCUAGGUGGUGGACAACACCGGGUUCCAAGGAACUCUGGUGGACGACAUGGCCGUGUUCCGAUGGCUGGUUAUGAGUAACAUGAACCUGUCCGACCUCAUGUGAUCCAAGAGGCUGUGUUGCUUGUACGGUAGCAUUGGUCAAAUCAAACUGUUGGCCCGAAUGAGCUUCGUGGACGGUCGUCUGGCCAGGUGCUAUCUCAACAUGUGAAUGUCCAGGUAGCCCAUCGACCAUCGCCACGUCAUGCGACGGAGGAGGAGCUUCUGCUUCGCCACCAGAAGGCAGUGGAUUAUCAGGGAGUUGAGUAGAAGCUAGUGGAUCUGCCUGUUCAGACUCGGAACAAAUGGUAGCUAUCUUCCUAGUUUUCUUAAUGGCUUUCAUGAUUCUGUCUGGAUCAGCCCAUCCAACGAUUGUCAACUUCUGUUGGGGGAAGUCUAUGUAGAUAUCGUAAAUGCCUGUAACAGGCCAAGAAAUCGAUGAAGAGAAGACACAAACAUUUGAAAAACAAAAAACAUAAAGAAUCCCGGUUCAUUUAGCUCACCAUUGAUUCCAUACAACGCCUUCUUGAUCUUCUGAACACACCCAUUACAGUCCAUUCGGACCUUUAUCUCAAGAAUCUUCGGUUUCUGCAGAAGAACAAAAAUGAAUGAAAUGAUGAUAGUUCAUAAGAAGAACAAGAACAAGAACAAGAACACGAACACGAACACGAACAUGAAGAAUACCUCGAGCUCGGGAAUCAUGUGGGAGAGGAAAGGGGAAAGAACACAAAGAGAGGGAUUAUUGAGAGCAGCAAAGAAGAAGAGGGGAUGGGAAUAUUUAAAAGGGGGGAAAACAAAAGGGUGUGGGACAUGCAAGGAAUCCAAGACCGACCAUUUUGGAAAGAAUAUUAUCAACCAGGAAACCAAUGACGAGGGUUUUACGGACUCCAGCUGAGUUCAUUCAAAGAUGCGGCCUAAUCCACGGACAUGGUUGUAGCUCGUUUUUAAAAUGAUACUGACAUGACAAACCAUGAAUAUAGGGCUAUACGAGCCAUUCAGACUAUCAAUAUGUUUGCAACGAUACUAGAAAUUUUUUCCA